AUGGAUAGUCUGAGCGGCCUUGGAACCGCCAUCGGGGCUAUAAUCCCUCCUACGUACAAAGCAUAUCAACCACUGCUGCUACGAAACGCGGACAAAAUUCGAUCGACUGCCCAACAGACAUAUUCGUAUGGUCCGCAUCCACGCCAAACCUUAGAUAUCUACACCCCGUCCUCCACAGCAGCCGGGGGUCUGAAGAACUCGGUUUUGCUCUUCUUAUACGGCGGCGGACUUGUACGAGGAGACAAGAUCAACCCAAGCUUUGCGGAGGGUCUCACUUACAGCAACAUCGGCCAUUUCUUUACCGAGCAUCUGGGAGUACCGGUAGUUGUCGUGGACUAUCGGCUGUUGUCUCAUGGCGCGGUCUUCCCUUCUGGUGGGGAAGAUGUGGCCCUAGCCAUCGACUGGAUCGAGGAGCAUUUUCGUCAAGAAAGACCCGAAGGGCUCGACCUUUUCCUGAUGGGCAACUCCGCAGGCGGUAUCCACGUUUCCACGUUUCUUUUGGCUCCAGAGUUGGCGCCCAAGAGGCAACAGAUCACAAGUUCUUCAACUACAGGAACAAGGCUGAAAGGAGCAAUCUUGUUGUCAGUACCGUUCCAUUUUGAGCGAGCAGAUGCGAGUAGACAGGAGGUACUUGCGACCUAUUUCAAAGAUAACUACCUGUCGCUUUCUCCGCAUGGGCUGCUUAAAAGCGGGAUUGAGAGAAAUUCUGUCAGAGAUCUAGAAGAUGUCGCAGUGCUUCAAAUUACCGGGACUUUGGAUCCAGAAGAUGAAAUCCUCGUCCCUAAUCGGGACUUCAGUAAAGAAUGGCAACAAAUGGAUCGGAGUGGGAGUCGCCUACGAAUUGCGAGCUUAGAGGGCCACAAUCACCUGAGUCCUGUACUGAGCCUUGGAACGGGUGUAGAAGCGGAGGAGGCUUGGGGUCAGCAAGUAAUAGAUUUCGUCAAGAAAUCAGUCUCUUGUUGA